UAUACUAUAGUAUUUACUAUUUAGUAUUUACUCAAUUCCUAUUUGCCUGCGAAAGCGCGGUUAUAGCGUUAAGGGAAGGGAGCGCGCUAUUGCGUUGCGAGCUGCGGUGCGCUCUUUAGUUCGGAAGUACUGCAAAGGUGCCUCUCCCACGAAAUGUAGCUCAUGCAGUUAUGCGGAACCUAUUACUCCUCAACCACCAACUAGCAGCUCUUGAUAGAGAAGCUCUGUAAGGGCUAUUUUUUUUUAUCCCUAAUUUCAUUAAAAUACUUCGAUUACCCUUCCUUUUUAAACCCUAAAACUAACCGCUAAGUGCAAGGCUCGAAAGGUUCAAAGCCUACGUGAUGGAGAAGAAAAUAAAACUUAUUGGCGACAUCAUUGAAGCACCAAAUAUUGAGAAGAUGAUCUUUCUUGAGAUGAUUCCUCCUAGCAAUGUCGCACCAAGAAGAACUCGCUAGAUUAUAUGUUGAUGCAGAGGUCAUAUUCCACUUCUUCAGAACCUGAUCAUGGCACACUUCAACGGUUCUAUCAGCCCUACUUUCAUCCCAAUCAGCCGCCCCUUUCCAUCCCGAGCCUCAAGAAUCCUCAUAAUCUCUGCGUCUUUGUGUGCCAAGAACUUGCACUCCUCGUUUAUCUGCUUCUCCGGCAUCGCUAACCGACUGUUAUUAGGCUCCAAGUCUGUCUUUGUUAACUUUCUCUGCAUCACAAAAGUUACAUCAAAUCCUUUCAGUGAAGCUAUAAUCGCCUUGAAAUUUUCCGGAAGCUCUGGAAUAUCAGUCUUUGUUGUUGAUGUAGAUGCCAAUGUGGAUCCUGUUGAAGGCGAUGUAGAUGCCAAUGUAGAUGCCAAUGUGGAUCCUGUUGAAGGCGAUGUAGAUGCCAAUAUGGAUCCUGUUGAAGGCGAUGAUGCAGUAUUCUUCUCAUUCAGCGUUCUCUUGCCUUGAUUCUCUUUCAUGCGUGCCUUUCCAAGAGAGUGGUGCUGCUUCAAGGCUUUGGAUAACCUCUCCAGUACCGCAUAGUCCUCUUUGCAGUAGACACUCUUAUUUGCCUUCAUUGCUGCCAGGUUUACUUUGCAAUACUCCGGAUCCUGCAGGGACACUACGACAUCAAUUAUUGUAAGGCGAAAAGGAUUCGGAGCCAUAGUUUCUAUUGUUUUCAAAUCCAACUUCAACAACUCCUUCAAAUUUUUCUUGCUUCUCAUCUUGGCAACCAUGAUGACACUAGAAACACUUUCCAAAAACAGUUUCGGGAGAUAGAAUUUUCAUGAGGCUGGAAGGGUCAAGAUUCAAUGAUACAAAGGAUUAUGGUUAUGAACAGAAUUUAGUUACCAAUAUUGUAGAGUUCUUAUGGCAACCGGGAGAAUCAGGUUAUCAACAUGUCUGGCCGGAUAUGAAACUUGGGUGGCAAAUAGUUGUGGGCACAAUAAUAGGUUUCUGUGGAGCAGCAUUUGGAAGUGUAGGAGGUGUUGGUGGUGGUGGCAUAUACGUUCCUAUGCUUACUCUCAUUAUUGGGUUUGAUCAGAAAUCAUCUACAGCUAUCUCAAAAUGUAUGAUAAUGGGUGCAGCAUUGUCAAGUGUUCACUAUAACCUUAAACUGAGGCAUCCUACAAUGAAUGCUCCUAUGAUUGACUAUGAUUUGGCACUUCUCAUUCAACCAAUGCUCAUGCUUGGCAUAAGCAUUGGAGUGAUUUUUAAUGUUAUAUUUCCUGAAUGGAUAGUCACCAUUUUGCUUCUUGUUCUUUUCUUAGGAACAUCAACAAAAGCAUUCCUUAAAGGUGUUGAAACAUGGAAAAAGGAAACAAUAAUGAAAAAGGAAGCUAUGAGGAGACUAGAGUCAAACGGCGCUGCGUCUGAAGUAGAAUACAGACCAAUUCCUACUGGCCCUGAUGCCAUUAAACACAUCGAGAAGCAUGAGGUGACUCUUAUUGAAAACGUAUGUUGGAAUGAAUUUGGACUUCUUGUUCUAGUUUGGAUUUUAUUCCUUGCAAUACAAAUAACCAAGAACUACUAUACAACCACUUGUUCAACAUCAUAUUGGAUAUUGGAAGGGUUACAGAUUCCAGUUGCAUUAGGGGCGGGUAUAUAUGAGGCGGUUUCAUUGUAUAAGGGAAGGAGAACACUUUCAUCGAUAGGAGAAAGAGGAACAAAUUUGAGUGUGUUUCAACUAAUCAUAUAUUGUUUCUUUGGAGUGGUUGCUGGAGUGGUUGGUGGCUUGCUGGGUCUUGGUGGAGGAUUCAUAAUGGGACCUCUCUUUCUUGAGUUGGGGGUCCCACCUCAGGUUUCAAGUGCCACUGCCACGUUUGCCAUGACCUUUUCCUCUUCUAUGUCUGUCGUACAGUACUACCUCUUGAAACGGUUUCCGGUUCCUUAUGCUUUAUACUUCACUUUGGUUGCUACAAUUGCAGCCGUUGUAGGACAACAUAUUGUGAGAAGGCUUAUUGACAUAUUUGGAAGAGCCUCUCUCAUAAUCUUUAUAUUAGCAUCUACAAUAUUUAUUAGUGCAGUUACACUAGGUGGAGUCGGCAUCUUAACUAUGAUUGAAAAGUUCAAAAGUCAUGAAUAUAUGGGAUUUGAUAAUCUCUGCAAGUAUGGUAUAUAAUUUUCAAUGGAAGAAGAUUAUUUUCUGAUACGUACUUACA